CAGCAGGCAGCUGAUCUGAUUGACAAGGACUUGGCUAACUGUGGACCCUCCUUCCCACGUCUCCUCCUCCUCUCUCUCUCCCUCUCUCUCUCUCCUUUCCUCUCCUUUCUCCGUGUUUUCUCCCUCUCCCCUCUCCCCUCAAUCGCAAGGCUGCGCUCACCGACUCGACACCACCAACAGGGAUGCAGCGAGGGCGCAGCGCAGCCUGAAAAUGGCACCACCACGCGUCCUGUGGAUCUAUCCAUCCCUUUCCCUUCACUCCUCCUCCCCGCUGCUGCUGCUGCUGCUACUGUUUCACACCUUGUCCCAGUGCGGAGCCGUAAGGAAUUAUCCGGAGAAUGAAGUUACAUUGCUGGACUCCAUGUCAGCUCUGGCCGACCUGGGCUGGGAGGCCUAUCCCAACGAGGGGUGGGAGGAGAUCAGCGUGAUGGACGAGAGGAACACUCCGAUGAGAACCUACCAGGUGUGUAACGUCAUGGAGGCCAAUCAAAACAACUGGCUCAGGACACGCCACAUCAGCCGGGAGGGGGCUCAACGCGUCUACAUCGAGAUCAAGUUCACCCUGAGGGACUGUAACAGCCUGCCGGGGGUCCCUGGUACUUGUAAGGAGACCUUCAACAUGUACUACUACGAGUCCAACAAUGCAAACCUGUGGUUCAUCAAGGAGAGCCAGUACGUCAAGAUUGACACCAUUGCUGCUGAUGAGAGCUUCACUCAGGUGGACGUCGGAGACCGUGUCAUGAAGCUAAACACCGAGGUGCGGGACAUCAGCAACCUGAGUAGAAGGGGCUUCUACUUGGCCUUCCAGGACUUGGGUGCCUGCAUCGCUCUGGUCUCCGUGAGGGUUUUUUACAAGAAGUGCCCCCUCACUGUGCUCAACUUGGCCCAGUUUCCUGACACAAUAACGGGUGGCGACACGGCGCUGGUGGAGGUCCACGGUGUGUGUGUGAACGCCUCCGAGGAGUUUGAGGCUCCAAAGAUGUACUGUAGCGCCGACGGAGGCUGGCUCGUUCCCAUCGGGAGAUGUGUUUGCAAACCAGGCUUCGAGGAGAACAAAGACAUCUGCCAGCCGUGCAGACCUGGAACCUACAAAGCUUCAGCCACGGACGCCUACUGCACUAAAUGUCCUCCUCACAGCUCGUCUCCGCAGGAACAAGCGGUGGAGUGCGUGUGCGACAAAAGUUACUAUCGAGCAGAGACGGACCCCAGGGCUAUGGCCUGCACACGUCCUCCAUCCACACCAGAAAACCCCAUCUCGACGGUGAACGAGACCUGCGUGACCCUAGAGUGGUCCUCACCCAGGGAGACAGGGGGCCGGGGGGACGUGACCUACAGUCUCCACUGCAGAAAGUGCUCUGACGACGGCAAGAAGUGCACACCGUGUGGCAGCAGCGUCCAUUUUGUCCCCAGGCAGUUUGGUCUCUCCUCCACCACCGUGUUGGUCACUGAUCUGCAGCCGGACUCCAACUACAGCUUCACCAUCGAGAGCCAGAACGGAGUUUCGGACUUGAGUCCAACGCCCAGAGGAACAGUAGUAAUCAACGUGACCACAUCACAAACAGUAAGUGUGGUGUUGAAGGAGAGGAGAAGCAAGGACAGCGUGACUUUGGCCUGGCAGGGACCGGAGAGACCGAGUGGAGCCAUAGUGGAGUAUGAGGUCAUUUACUAUGAGAAGAACCAGCGGGAGCAGAACUACACGGUCCUCAAGACUCGUUCCAACAUGAUGACAGUGAUUGGGUUAAAGCCAGGGACCACCUACGUGUUCAGGGUCAGAGCUCGGACUGACGGAGGGUAUGGGAGCUACGGCGGAGAGAUUGAACUGGAAACCAGCCAUGAAGAUGUUCUGGCCAUUGGAGACCCCAACCAGUUCACCAUCCUGGCUGUGUCCAUAGCAGGAGGAAUCGGUCUCCUCAUAUUCCUGGUGACUUGCUUCAUUGUCAGCGGCAGGCACUGUGGAUAUAUUAAAGCCAAGCAGGACCCUGACGAGGAGAAGAUGCAGUUUCAACAUGGCCGAGUUAAGCUCCCAGGCAGCAGGACCUACAUCCACCCCCACACCUACGAAGAUCCAAACCAGGCUGUCAGAGACUUUGCCAAAGAGAUUGAUGCUUCCAAUAUCCGCAUAGAGAGAGUCAUCGGAGCUGGAGAGUUUGGCGAGGUGUGCAGUGGUCGGCUACGCGUGCGGGGAAAGAGGGAGAUUUACGUCGCUAUCAAGAGUCUGAAGGCGGGAUAUUCAGAUAAGCAGAGAAAAGACUUCCUGUCCGAGGCCUCCAUCAUGGGACAGUUUGACCAUCCCAACAUCAUCAGGCUGGAGGGUGUCGUUACCAAAUGCAAACCAGUGAUGAUCAUAACAGAGUUCAUGGAGAAUGGAUCUUUGGACACUUUCCUGAAGAAACACGACGGCCAGUUCACCGUGAUCCAGCUGGUGGGCAUGCUGCGUGGCAUCGCCUCAGGGAUGAAGUAUCUGUCAGACAUGAGCUACGUUCACAGGGAUCUGGCAGCUCGCAACAUCCUGGUCAACAGCAACCUUGUGUGUAAGGUGUCGGACUUUGGCCUGAGUCGGGUUCUGGAGGACGACCCUGAAGCCGCCUACACCACCAGGGGAGGAAAGAUCCCCAUCAGAUGGACGGCUCCAGAAGCUAUAGCCUACAGGAAGUUCACCUCGGCCAGCGACGUGUGGAGCUACGGAAUCGUCAUGUGGGAGGUGAUAUCCUAUGGAGAGAGACCCUACUGGGAGAUGUCAAACCAGGAUGUGAUCAAAGCAAUAGAUGAAGGCUACCGUCUUCCUGCUCCCAUGGACUGUCCUGUGGUGCUACACCAGCUCAUGUUGGACUGCUGGGAGAAGGGAAGGAGUGACAGGCCAAAGUUUGGACAGAUUGUCACAAUCCUGGACAAGCUUAUUAGAAACCCAGCCAGCCUGAGAGAGCUGGCCAACAGCUCACUAUGCAGGGAGGACCUGUCCACACCAGAGUUCAGUGUGACCACAGUGGAUGAGUGGUUGGAGGCCAUCAAGAUGGGCCAAUAUAAGGAGAAUUUUUCCAGUGCAGGAUAUGUGAGCUUGGACUCCAUACUCUACAUUAGUGUCAGUGAACUGGCUAAGAUGGGUGUAACUCUGGCUGGACACCAGAAGAAGAUUUUAUCCAGCACGCAGAGUUUGCAGACCCAGGGGACACAUGUCCAAGUAUAACAGCGUCCUGUUAAACAGUGAGACACAGCUUAAAUAGAUGCACCUGUGAAGACUCUAACCCCCUCAAAAUGGACUCCUGAUGGAUACUCUCUGCUCGGACCUCCAUUGCUUUUAAGGCACACUCUGGGGGACAAAAUUGACGCUUGCCUCCUUCAUCUCCUCGCAGUUUCUCUAACCCUUCUCUCCUCGAUGGGCACGACCAGCUUUAGCACUCAAUAGUCCCAGAAACACUCUGUUGUGGAGCAGCGGGGGUGGCGGGGGACGCGUGACUAUUCAAAACUCCUAAAUCAUUUCACUUCAUAUCAGCUCGACAGGAAGAACAGAGAACAGAAAAAAAGAUUUUUAACUGAAAAAAAAAUUAGAAUAUAAUUAUCAUCACUGUCUGUGAGGUGUACAGUUGGUUUUUACCGUCUUUUUGUUUUGACUAUAAAGAGUUAAAAAGGGUCAGAAGAUAUGUAUAUGUGUAGAUAUAUGUUUAUAUGGGUUGUGUAUUCCACGCCUGUAGAGAUGGACCUAAUGUUUGUAUUGGUGGUGAGAUCACUCAAACCUAAUAAGACUUAUAACUGCGGUACAUUUAUGGCUCCUUCCAUUGUUUGCUCUCCGUAUGUAGAAAGCCAACGUACAAGCUAACUGUUGAGAAUGAUGUGAAUGUGUGAGGGCGGAGAGAGAGAGAAAAAAAAAACUGGACCUUCAGAGACUCAGACGGGUGUAGAUUCUUGCUAGUUGGUGUAGACAGAGGUGUGAUUUGUUCAUGUAGAAUAUUUGACCAGGUAAAGGGCUUCCCUGGCGACUGCUCUCACACAAACACUUCCGACCAGAGCAGGAGCAUGUUUGCUUGGCUGCUCGCACCUAUGAUGUAACUCAGUGCAAAGUCACAGCUGAAACAACCCGAGGUGGAGACGCCACAGAUAUUUUUACUCUUCCACAACUGUCACUUCCAAUCCACAUGGCACUGUCUGCUUAGCAAACACAGUAUUAUGAUGAUGAUGAUGAUGGUUUUGCCUUCUCAUGAAUCAGGGGUGUGAAUGUGUGUGUGUGAAUGUGUGUGUUUGAGUGUGCGCAUUAAAUAAUUUAUAGUGUUUUGUGGAAAGCGAGAGGUGAUGCAAAGGUCAUGAUGGAGUUGACACUGUCAGGAAGGUGGAACUUCUUUUUCCUAGUUUUGUGCCAUGUACAGGGACAACAUACAUUUACCAUUGUUAUUUUUUAAAUUUGUUUUGCCUGACAGAGAAACUAUUCUACACGGCCAAUUUUAAUGAAACACAUUUUUGAAUGUAUAAUGGAAAAUCUGUGCCACAAAGUAAAGGUAAAGAUCACAUUUUAAAAAAAACUGCACAUAUGGAAGAUAAGCUUUGACCUACUGUAAAGUAGGACACGACUAAUUUGAGAAAGUGUUGUUUUCAAAUAGGGCUUUAACUCGUAGUCAAAGUCUGUCUUUAUUGUUCACUCAUGCAGCUCAACUUUAGACCACAAAGACACAAAUUAUCAGUACAAGUCCAAUGCAACUUGAAUUCUUAACGGUACACCACAUCAUCCACAGUACAGUAGUUAAAUAAAUGUCCUGGAACACAUGAAACGCUACAAACAAACUGCUAAUCUUUAGCAUUUUGUGUGAUACAUGUAAGAAGUGACAGCCCUAGUUGAAAACAGAUUUAUUUCUCUGCCGCUUCCUUAAAUCAUGUAAGAAGUUAAACAGCAAAACUUGGACAGGAUGGGAACACAUCUGCGUGAGCUGCAUUGCUGCACUGAACCUGCGUUGUGUGUAAACCCAAAGUGAGUUUCAGCCGACGUGGUACUCCACAGGACCAACAGAGACUUUUAAGUGCAGUAUAUACAAUUGUAUCAUAGUGUAAAAUAUGUACAGCGUUGAUUUACGAUGUUAGAAUGUUUGUAAUGACAACAAUGAUGACGAUGACUACGGUGGACUUUUAUUGUGAGGUAAAUCAUUCAACAGUGGCCCGACGGGAUGUAGAAAAGAACUUGUUGGUCUGGACUAAGGAAUGUAGCAUGGCACAAAGCUCCGGCUUUGAUUGACAGGUGACAAGGACUGCAGUUUAUAUAUCAUAGCACUAGAAUGAGUAGAAUGUACCUACCCAUGCACCUGCCAGGGAUACAUUUGAGAAGCUUGGAAAUGGAAAUGAUGAUAAAAAUGCUACCAAAAAAAAAAAAAAACAACAACUACAUACAAUAAAUGGGAUGUACAAUCAUGUUUGCCCAUGUUUUUAUGCUUUUUGAAAGCUAUGGAAUUCCACUAGAAUUCCAUUUGUGAAGUGGAAGAAGAAUUAAAUAGUUACAUUAAGUCAAAGGUGAUAAAUUAAUAACAAAGCCAACAAAACCACAACAGAUUUUCCAACAGACAAAUUACAGGAACAGUCUAAAACCCAAAGGGUUCAUUCUACUCACGCUAACCCUAUGACUUCAUUUUAGCGGACGACCCCUGACCGCUGACCUUUUAGCUGCCUUAUUAUUUGUUCUUUUUUGCCUUACUGAGGCCUAUCAACAGUAAAAUGUAUGUGGAGGUAGUAUUUAUCUGUGUUCUUAUGAUGACAUAACAUCAACACCCUGGUUUUGUAAAAUCUCCUAAGAGACAUUAAGACGAAAAUAUUAAUUUCUUUUCAAAUCCAACCAUCAAGACAAUGGAGAAAGUGACACAUUGUUCAAAGUCUGUAUUACAGCCAUUGAUUUAGAUGUGAUUGGUUUACAUAAUAAAAUUUGUUGUAUGGUUGUUUUAAUGUGGAAAGUGUAAGGUCGUAUAAGGUCUGAAAAAGAACAACAUGGAAACAGUGUGACAAGGUCACAAUGUUUCAUGACAGACAGCUUCCUGACAUGUUGGUAUAGCUAAUGAAUCUCAUAUUGACCUUAACGUUCAAAUCUUUGGCUUUAACUUUGUCUGAUCACUAAAAUGAAGCCAUUUUCCACAACUCUAACUUCAGUUUUUGAGGUUUUUUUUGUUUUUCUGUUCACCCUCUCAGCUCUCUGUUCCGCUCUAACCACCUCCUUCCCCCCCUCUCUCUGUUUGGCCACCGUGGCAGUGCUUAGUUGUUCCCUCUGCUUUGCUUGUUGUAAAAGGGUGUAGGCAUUCUGAUGUCUUUCAUGUUGCUGUAAUAAACAUGCUAAUAUUUCUAA